AUGGAUGAAUUUAAUGCACUUUCCUUAAACUCCACCAUUCAAGAUGAUACAUUAGAAGAAUCAGACUUACUGGCGAUUUCUAACUUAUCGAUAUCUGAGAAAAAACCGAUAGCAGAAGAUCUCAUCAGUAAAUUUCUUCCUUAUUCGCCGCCAUGUCCAUCACCUUUGCGCUCGACUGUAAGUAUCCCCGAGAGCUGUCUAUCUGAUAAAAUGGAUAUAGAUGAAGAAUACGAUAAUUCUUUAAACGUAAAUACCAUUCCUGGGAACAAAUCAAAUGAGGAUAUUAUAGAGGAGAUUGAAACAGAAGAUGAGGACGAUACCAAUCGUGAACAAAAGGGUCUUAUCAAAGCACUGCUUUCGCCAACAAGUCUCGGAAUUGCAUUGGCAACAAGAGAUUUGAACAAGAAUGAACAAGAUGAGGACCACAAGCAACUAGGGCAACAAAAUGAACAGGAAGAAAGUAAGGAUGUUCCGGUAACCAUUACUGAUAAACUUCCAACAGAGCCAACAGAAGAAAAGACGAGUGCGGAAUCUAUUUCGUCUUCAAAUGAAGGCAGUCAAAACGUCUCGGGGCUUCAGACUCCAGAACGUCAAAAGAGACCAUGGCAGAUAAACAUUCAGAACCAUCAUCAUUACUACAUGGUGACUGACGCCAAUGGCGAACCAUACAAAUAUACACCCCCGAUAGAAGAAGUAGAGCAGGCUGAAAAUGAGAACGAGAACCAAUUGCCAGUUCCAUGGUCCUCUAAAUCUCGACCUGCUUCCAAAGCUUCGUAUGCAUUUACAACUUAUCUACAAAUGGCUUUGAACACUUUAACAGUCAUGAUCAUAUGUUCAACCAUCACUGCAUUUGCAAAAUCCGUGCGCACAGAUAUCAGAGCCACCUGGGAACACCAAAAGCUAGAACUAGAUUACGAAUCGGCAAAGUGCAAGGUCCAAUAUCUUGCCAACCAUUGUGCGGACAACGAAGUAGUACCGGCACUAUAUGAUCAAUGUAACGAAUGGGCAAGAUGUAUGAGCAGGAACAACAAGAUAUAUUUCCGCGCAAGAACCUCCUUAGGCGCUAAACUCUUUGCUGAGAUUGUCAACUCACUGAUCGAACCCUUGGGGUGGAAGACUCUACUGGUUAUCCUACUUACGUUGGCUAUAUGGUGCUUCUCAUCGAACUUUGUUUUAGGAUUCAUGCGCGCCAAAAGCUAUUAUGGUGGCUCACCAACCCAGACUCAUCCUCAAAUUCAAUCUAAAUCGCAGCCAAACGCUGGAUGCUUGCUCGCUUCUGAAGUUCCUCCUGCAAGCGCAAUUGUUGUCACUAAUACCGACUCCAAUACAAAAACUAGUGCUAGUAGUAAUAGCGCAUCGUCGUCAUCGUCACCGGCAUUGUCAAAGAAAAAUAUGUUCACGUGA